AUUCCGUAACAUUAAUUUUAGAGAUUUUUGGACUGAAAUUUCAGAGAAAAAGACAAACUUUAUAAAUCUUUUCUUAGUAGAUUUCAAAGCCAAUCUUGUCUUGUAUUCUCCAUAUUAAACCGCCCAAAAGAAUUAUAUUUUUCAUUAAGAACAAUUACAACUGUUCCUCGGUCGGUCCUUUCAACCUUUUUCGCUGUGUGUUUGCGUUUCAGUGAUUCUGUUGUGCUGCAAAUUUUAUAUAUAUUAUAUAUUGAAAGACUGUUUUUUAAGUAAUUUUCUUGACAGAUAUUAGUUUUUUUUCUCGAUUAUUGCGCAUAAGGUUUGAUCUCAAGAUGAUUUGUUCGAUCAAAACUUCUGUGUCUGUUCCGAUGAUGAGUGGAUCUGAUUCAGUGUCUUGUAAGAGAUUACUUUCACAAACACAACAGCGAUCUUCUCUUUCGCCGUCUUUGCCACAAAUCAUCCCAAAGUUUACACUUUCUGUCACAAAACCUCUUCACGUUUCAUCUGUUUCAAGCUUUGAGAAACCCCAGAAGUUGUCGGUUACAUGCAAGGCUUAUGAAGCGGAAAAAUCGCAGCCCAUUGAAGGAGCUGAAGUGGCUAAAUCGGAGACAGCGAAGAAGGUGAAAAUCGGAAUCUAUUUUGCGACCUGGUGGACGUUGAAUGUGAUCUUUAAUAUUUAUAACAAGAAGGUGUUGAAUGCGUACCCAUAUCCGUGGUUGACUUCAACUUUGUCUCUGGCUUGUGGAUCGUUGAUGAUGUUGAUUUCGUGGGCAACAAGAAUUGCGGAGACUCCAAAGACGGAUUUGGAGUUUUGGAAGACUUUGUUUCCUGUUGCUGUGGCACAUACAAUUGGGCAUGUAGCAGCAACUGUCAGUAUGUCUAAGGUGGCAGUUUCUUUCACCCACAUCAUCAAGAGUGGAGAACCAGCAUUCAGUGUUUUGGUUUCAAGGUUUCUUUUGGGUGAGAGCUUCCCAUUGCCGGUGUACUUGUCCCUUUUUCCAAUCAUAGGUGGCUGUGCUCUUGCUGCUGUGACUGAGCUGAACUUCAAUAUGACUGGUUUUAUGGGGGCCAUGAUAUCAAACUUGGCAUUUGUCUUUCGGAACAUAUUUUCAAAGAAGGGCAUGAAGGGAAAGUCAGUUAGUGGAAUGAACUACUAUGCUUGUCUCUCUAUGUUAUCUCUCCUAAUUCUCACACCUUUUGCAAUAGCUGUGGAGGGACCACAGAUGUGGGCAGCAGGAUUUCAAACAGCCAUGUCUCAAAUUGGACCGCAAAUCAUAUGGUGGAUGGCAGCUCAAAGUGUGUUCUAUCAUCUAUACAACCAAGUGUCUUACAUGUCUUUGGAUGAGAUCUCUCCUUUGACAUUUAGCAUCGGAAACACCAUGAAACGUAUAUCUGUCAUAGUCUCCUCAAUUAUUAUCUUCCACACACCAGUCCAGCCCAUCAAUGCUUUGGGAGCUGCAGUCGCAAUCCUUGGAACAUUCUUGUACUCCCAGGCAAAACAGUAAGGGAAGUGGGGCUGGAGACUGGAGAAUUUAUAUUUCAUCAAGCUAACAGCGAUGAUGAGGGAGUUUAGCGUAGAGUAGAUCGGUUGCUGUCUUUUGGAUCAAUGUUCACUGGAGUUUGGUCAGAUAGACCAGCAAAGUAGUGUCUUAGUGUAGAUAAUAAUGAAUAAAAUAAAUAAAUGAUGAUUACAAACAGCAUUAUACAGGGUAAUCAGGGAGGCUUAUUUCUUAUGAGGUUGAGGGGAGAAAUAUCCCAAUAAACAAGGCUAAUGUCUAGAACCUUGAAUGUUUGAAGAGACUAAAGUUUUCUUUAGAAUUUGUUCAAUGUUGACAAGUGUGCUUUCAUUUAAGAAUUUGUUCUUUAGUUUUA